AUGGCAGCCGUGCUCCUCGGGCUGCUGCUCUUUGCGAUGCAGUCCCCCCCGCUCCCCUCCCGGCCGCUGGCUGAGGGGGAGUCACCCCCGCUCCCCUCGACCCCUCCCACGGAGGACGGGACCACCACUCACCCCAACGGGACCGUGCAGCGGCUGCCUCAGAUCCUGAUCAUCGGCGUGAGGAAGGGAGGCACGCGCGCGCUGAUCGAGAUGCUCAGCCUGCACAGCGCCGUGGCGGCGGCUCAGAACGAGGUGCACUUCUUCGACUGGGAGAGCCACUUCCAGAAGGGCUUGUCGUGGUAUCUCAGCCAGAUGCCCUACGCCUUCCCCGACCAGCUCACGGUGGAGAAGACGCCGGCCUACUUCACCUCGGGCAAAGUCCCGAGACGCAUCCACCAGAUGAACCCCGACAUCAAGCUGCUGCUCAUCCUCAGAGACCCCACGGAGCGGGUGCUCUCGGACUACACCCAGGUCUUUUACAACCGCCUCCAGAAGCACAAGCGCUACCAGCCCAUCGAGUCGGUUCUGGUGAAGGACGGAGACAUCAACCGGGGAUACAAGGCUCUCAAUCGCAGCCUGUACUACGCUCACAUGCAGAACUGGCUGCAGUACUUCCCCCUGCAGAGCAUCCACGUCGUAGACGGGGACGAGCUCAUCAGGGACCCCUUUCCCGAGAUGAAAAAAGUGGAGAGGUUCUUAAAGCUGGAGCCUCAGAUAAAUGCGUCAAAUUUUUACUUCAACAAAACAAAGGGAUUCUAUUGUUUGAGAGACCACGGGCGAGAAAGGUGUUUACAUGAUUCAAAAGGCAGGGCCCACCCUCACGUGGCCCCUGCCAUCCUGCAAAAACUCUAUCAGUUUUUUCAUGAACCAAACAAGAAGUUUUUUCAGCUAGUGGGACGAACAUUCAACUGGAAGUGA